GGCUGCUCCGAGGAAGCGAGAAGUUGUGAACGGUUUCGUCUUUCGAGUCUCAAGACAGUGGUGCUCCUUUCAGUUCCCUGAGGUUUUCCUAACCAAGAAACAUGCAGGCCUUCAUCGCAGCAGCCGUUCUAAGCUUCGUCGCCUCGGCUCUAGCCGGUGGCUACGGAGGUGGUUACGGUGGCGGUUAUGGCGGCGGCUACGCCGCGGCGCCCGUCGCGCUCGGCGCCACCUACGCCGCCCCGGCCGUGGGCUACGGAUACGGCGUAGGCGCCAAGACCCUGUCCUACGGCGCAACCUACUCUGCUCCCGUCGCUACCUAUGCCGCCCCAGCCGUCACCAAGACCGUCUCAACAUACGCAGCUCCCGCCGUAGCCUAUGGCGGAUACGGAGGUUACGGUGGAUACGGAGGAUACGGCGGCUACGGAGGAGGACUGGGAUACGCGGCACCCGCUGCCGUCGCUACCUACGCCGCACCCGCCGUGGCUAAGACCGUUGUUGCCGCUCCGGCCGUCGCUACAUACGCCGCUCCCGCCGCUGUCGGCUACGGCUACGGAGGAUAUGGCCUUGGCGGCUAUGGAGGAUACGGUCACGGCGGAUACGGAGGUUACGGACACGGUGGAUACGGAGGAUACGGAGCCGGCUACGUCGCCCCUGCAGUCGCGACUUACGCUGCUCCCGCCGUCGCCCGCUAUGCCGUCCCGGCUGUAACCAAGACCGUGUCCGUGGCUCCAGCCGUCGCCAGCUACGCCGUGCCAGCCGUGGCGACCAAGGCUGUUGGCUACGGCCUCGGCUACGGUGGCGGAUACGGAGGCGGCUACGGAGCCGGAUACGGCAUCGGAUAUGGAGCCGGGUACGGCCUCGGCUACGCAGCGCCAGUGUACGGCCACUACGCGUCCAAGUACUACAAGAAAUGAGCGCAUACCAAGAUCAGCCUCUGAAGAGGAGGACGUCACAGCGCUCACAAGAUUUUCGGGCUUCCACCAGGCAUCAGCGCAUCGAACGAGACUCACCAUCGAGACAAGCUUCCGCGCUUUUUCUUCGUAUUUAUUUUCUCGCUCGGCUGACUCGUGCUGCCGAUGCUUCUCCCGUUGAAAAUAAAAAAAGCUCGCGAUAACACUUCA